AUGAGCGCAACCCGAACCCUGGCUCAGUUUAUUGCCGACACCGACUUUGAGAACCUGCCGCCUGCGGUGGUGGAAGCGGCCAAAAUUGCCAUCCUGGACGGUGUGGCCAACAUGGCCGCCGGUUCGGUGCAGGAACUGGCCGACAUCAUCGGCCGCUACGUGCGGGACGCCGGCGGCUCGCCGCAGGCUUCGGUGGUGGGCUGGGGCUACAAGACCAACCCCCCGGCCGCCGCCUUUGCCAACGGGGUCUUCGGCCACUGCCUGGACUACGAGAUCCAGGGUUUCCCGCCCACCCAUGGAACCUCAUCGUGUCUACCGUCGGCCCUGGCGCUGGCGGAACACCACCACAUCCCGGGCGAGCGGGUCAUCACCGCCUAUGUCUUGGGCUGGGAAAUCCAAGGGCGGUUGCGGGCCGCCUCGGCGCCGGCCACCGCUCCCGCGUAUCACCCGCCCGGCCUGGUGGGUCCCAUGGGCGGCGCGGCGGCCUCCGCCAAGACCCUGGGCCUGGACGCUGAUCAAACCCUGAUGUCUCUGGGAAUUGCGGCCUCGCGCACCGGCGGGCUCACCGCCAACACCGGCACCAUGGUCAAGUCCACCCACCCGGGCAACGCCGCCCGCAUGGGCGCCGAGGCGGCCAUCCUGGCCGGCAUGGGCUACACCGCCAGCGACGUGGCCCUGGAAUCCCCGGUGGGUUACGCGGCCGCCCUGUUCGGUGGCGAGUUCGACUGGGACACCGCUACCGGCGGGCUGGGCGCGUCGUGGCGGUUGCUCGACCCGGGCUUUGACAUCAAGCGGUUCCCCGCUCAAGUCUAUAUGCAGAACGCGAUCGAGGCGGCGCUGAACCUGCGCGAACAAAACGGCCUGGCCGUCGCCGACAUCGAGCAGGUGACCAUCCACCGCCGUGGACGGGGUCAUUCCGGACCGGUGCCUCGCAGCGGUUUGGACGGUAAGUUCAGCGUGGAGUACUGCGCCGCCGCCGCCAUCCUGGACGGGCAGGUCGGUAUCGACACUUUCACCGACGCCCGCCGUUUCUCGCCGGACAUGGAGGAAAUGCUGGGUCGCAUGCGGGUGGAACCGGAAGGCCCCGAGUCGGGCGCCACACUCGCCACCGCGGCGCUCAAGGACGGGACCACGAUCAGCGCCGAAUGUUCUGCUUUCCGCGGGUCGGCGUCCAAUCCCAUGUCCCGGGAUCAGCGCCUCGAAAAGGUGCGCGACUGCUUCCAGCGCGCUCUUUCCGAAGCCGAUACCGAGCGCGUGCUGGAGAUGCUGGAGAACCUGGAGCAUGUCGACGACGUGAGCCAGUUGAUGAGCGUGUUGGGUCAGGCGGCGGCCAGAGGCUGA